UUGUGUAAUUUUAAAUUCGCUGAUAAAGUGCGCACCGGCGCUCCAUACUUUGCAACUGCUAGCAGGAUAUGCGCGCAAGCGCAUGCGCUUCACCUGGAGGGAAUAAAUGAUUACACCUGUCAACAUCGAAGGUCAAAUUCUCCUGGAGUUGAGUUCGUUAUUACUAUGGGAGUGUUGGAACUACCUCACAAACACUCCACGGAUACUGUGUGCUUGGAUCGGGAAGGAUUUUGUUUACAGCAGCAGUAAUUAUCGCAGCUUUGAAAUUUGUAAUGCGAUCAGCACCUAGUGGGCGCAAUGUCUGGCGGGGAUAAAGCCAACCUGAUCAUAGACAAUGGCUCCUGGACGAUCAAGGCCGGCUUCGCCGGAGAGGACGCCCCCAAGGCUGUGUUCCGCUCCAUGGUCGGAGAGCCACGGCAUCAAAACAUUGCUGGCAUACCAGAGCUGAGGGACACGUACAUCGGCGACGAAGCUGAAAGAAAGAGAGGCAUCCUGUCCCUGAAAUACCCCAUCGAGAAGGGUGUAAUCACCAACUGGGACCACAUGGAGAAGGUCUGGCAUCACACCUUCCACAAUGAGCUUAACGUGAAGCCUGAGGAGCACUGUGUGAUACUGACUGAGUCCCCCCUCAAUCCGAAGGCCAACCGGGAAAAGAUGGCACAGAUCAUGUUCGAGACCUUCAACACACCCGCCAUAUACGUGGCCAUGCAGCAAGUGCUGUCGCUGUACGCCUCUGGUCGUACCACCGGACUCGUCUUGGAGGCUGGUCACGGCGUGUCCCACGCCGUGCCUGUCGACGAGGGCUACGCCGUGUCGCAUGCCAUACGUCGUCUGGACUACGGAGGAUACAACUUGACGUUCUUCUUGUCACAGAUGCUUUCGGAGCGUUAUACGUUCACCACUCAGAUCCCGCGGAUGAAUGACAUCAGUGGCUACAAGGAGAGGUCGUGCUACGUUACUCUGGACUACGACCAGGAGAUGCAGAAGGAGAUGCCUGACCCUUCACCGGAGCAUAGUUACCAGCUACCCGACGAGCAGGUCAUCACUCUGCGGAACGAGCGCUUCCGUUGCCCGGAGGCCCUCUUCCAGCCAUCCUUCCUUGGGAGUGAAUAUGAAACGGCUCCAGGCAUCCACACACUCGCGCCUGAAAGCAUCUUGAAGUGCGGCGUGGAAUCCCGCAAGGAUAUGUACGCCAAUAUCGUUCUGGCUGGCGGCUCUACCAUGUUCCCAGGCUUCGUCGACCGAAUGCAGAAGGAAGUUGCGGCCCUUGCCCCGCCAGAGACGAAGAUCAAAAUCGUGGCUACCCAGGAGAGGAAGUUUUCAGCCUGGAUCGGGGGCUCCAUCCUUGCUUGUCACCCAAGCAUUAAGGAAAUGUGGAUCAGCAAGCAGGAGUACGAAGAGUCUGGCCCCAGCAUCGUGCACCGUUGUGGCACCAAGUAGACGACAUGGGCCAAAGCUACAUACAUACCAAAUAAAAAAAUUGUAAUACCAAAUCACUGAUUUGGCAAGGAUUUGAAUGCUACCCUUGAGAAGGACUUAUUAAUUCAAAGAGGUCACUUGCAGGGUUAAGAAGUCUUCACCCUACCUUGUUGAUAUGUUAAAUUCCAUAAUCUAUGAGUGAUUUCGAUGCAUACUCUAAUCUUUCUCGAAAUCCUAGGUCAACGUGUUUAUUCUCAUCAGUCAUGUUCGGAAUAAUUUGCCUUUUUCCUGUAGUCUGAUUUGAGUUUAACUCAAUGACGUUAGAGUCUUCAACGAUCACCUGAAAGGUCUUAGAAAAUUACAGCUUCAACCUUAAACUAGGAGAGCUUUUUGUUUCAAUUAUAAACCGUAGAUUUCGAUGCUGGUAGUUUCUGAAGCAAACGCAUUUUUUUUAUUGGCAUUUUAAGUCUGGCAAUGACAAGGAUGUACAUUUUAUGAUUUUUUAAAUUACUUCACUUGAAUGAUACUGACAGUGUUCGCUGAAAGUUAGCUGAGCUAACGAGUUUCUUCAUUUUCUGCACCUUUUGAGUAUCUGAUUAUUUUAAAAUUCGCUCAUAGUGCUGAUGCUCUUGAUAUGAAUAAAAAAUUAAAAUUAUAUAGUGCAUAAAAGUGCAAUAAAUGCUUUUUCAUUCGAAAAACAUGUUGUUUUUUCAUAAUUCUCUGACAGAGCUUAUGAGCUGUAAUGAGUCGCUGUUUGUGUGACACGAGUCGAGACUAGUCAUUGUAAGGAAGCCAUCUAGUCGAGUCGAGUUAUUAGGUCAAGAAGGGUCGAGUCACAAGGUGUGGUCGACUCGAGUCGAGUCAAAUUGAUGCUCGAGUUAUUUCGAGUCAUUAUUUGAAUAUUUAAUAUUAGGCUACAGAAUGGAAGAAGGAACACAAGGCACAAAUUUAUUGUGACUCGAUUCGGAGUCGAGUCGAGUCAUUAACAUGAUUUGUUACAUGUCAGUCAGUCAGGACAUGCAGCUGUUACACAAUUUUAAGUGUUAGUAGAGCCACAUAAACUUCUUUGUUUUGUAAUUGUACUGAAAUCUCUAUUCAUUUACAUGGUUCAUUGCUAGUAACAAUUUAGUUGAGUAGUUUGGGCUUGCAUUAUUCGAUCAACAGUUAUAAUACACCUUCAUUUAAUGUUACGUUUUAAUGUAUCAUUAUUAGUGAUGAUAAAUAAUACAGUGAUUUUUAUUGAGGUCAGAUGGAAGUGUAGAUAAUCUUGAAUUGUGAGACGUGUGACGUUGACAAAUACUUUAUCUAUUUGUAUAGCUAUUGAUGACGAAUAAACUAAUCUGGACAUGAAAAGGUA